AUGGGCGACGAGUACAAGAAGAUCAAGGGGCUGCGGAAGAAGGUGGCCUUCCUCCAGCAUGAGCUCAGCGACAUGGACACUCUCCUUGAGAAGAUGGACAAUGCCGAUGAACUAGAUGACCCACAAGCCCAGAAUUGGAGAAAAGAUAUAACUGAGAUGUCCUACGACAUCGAAGACUGCAUUGAUGACUUCAUGCACCGUGUUGGUGAAGCCGAUGAUAAGAUGGGACUCCUUAAGAAAGCUUUUCAGUAUCUAAAAACUUUCAAGGAUCGUGAUCACCUAGCAAAUCAGUUUCAAGAGAUGCAGACCCUGAGUGAUGGAAGCAAGUGA